CGGUCCCCGCGCGCCAUGUGCCUCCUCGGCGGGCUGAGCGCCCCGCCGCUGCUGCUGCUGCCGCUGCUGCCGCUGCUGCUGUGUCCGCCUACGGCGCAGGGUGACUGCAGCUUUCCCCCAGAGCUACCUAAUGCCAUACAAAGUGUGGGUGACCAACAGAGUUUUCCUGAAAAAUUCACAGUAACAUACAAAUGUAAAGAAGGCUUUGUAAAGGUUCCUGGCAAGGCAGACUCCGUGGUCUGUCUCAACAAUAAAUGGUCAGAGGUGGCAGAAUUUUGUAACCGUAGCUGUGAUGUUCCAACCAGGCUACAAUUUGCAUCUCUCAAAAAGUCUUUCACCAAACAGAAUUAUUUCCCAGUGGGUUCCGUUGUGGAAUAUGAAUGCCGACCUGGCUACCAAAGGGACCAUCUUCUCUCAGGAAAACUAACUUGCCUUCUGAAUUUUACAUGGUCCAAACCCGAUGAAUUUUGUAAAAGAAAAUCAUGUCCUAAUCCUGGAGAUUUAAGACAUGGUCAUGUCAACAUUCCAACUGACAUAUUGUAUGCUGCAGUUAUCCACUUCUCGUGUAACAAGGGGUACAGGUUAGUCGGUGCAGCUUCUAGUUACUGUUCCAUUGUAAAUGACGAUGUUGGCUGGAGUGAUCCAUUGCCUGAAUGCCAAGAAAUUUUUUGUCCGGAACCACCAAAAAUUAGCAAUGGAGUCAUUCUAGAUCAACAGAACACUUAUGUGUAUCAACAGGCUGUAAAAUAUGAGUGUAUAAAAGGCUUCACCCUGAUCGGAGAGAACUCUAUUUAUUGUACUGUUAAGGGUGACCAAGGAGAAUGGAGUGGCCCGCCGCCUGAAUGCAAAGGUUCUCAGAUUUCUACAGUCAUACCAGCAACAGAGACACCCACCACAGUAAGUGCUUCAGCUACAAAGCCCACAUCAGCUCCUCAGAAACCCACCACUGCAAAUGUUACAGGUACCAAAGUUACAUCAGCUCCUCAGAAACCCACCACAGGGAAUGUUCCAGGUACCGAAGCUACAUCAACUCCUCAGAAACCCACUACAGCGGAUGUUUCAGCAAAACAGAGUUCAGCUACUCCCAGGACAACCAGCGCACCUCAUGGAAGAGGGACCCUCUCUUCAGAUGCUGCCAUCAUUGCAGUUGGACUUGCUGGUACUGUAACUGGUACCCUAAUUCUAGUCAAAAUUUUCUGGCACCGUGGAAAAUCAGGGACACACAUGUAUAAUACUGACAGUCUUGUUUAUGAUGCUAGUAACCAUUGGCUAGCUGAUUUAGCCGAAGAAGAAUUAAGAAGAAAAUGCACACCAGUAUGCAGAGUAUUUCUAGUUUCUUAGACCUUUCUGGAGGAGCGGACAAAAUAAAUGUAAUAGUGCUCUUCGUUUCGCAUGUUAUCAUUGUCCUUAAGGUGCAUAGGAAAACCAACAAAGCAAGGAGAAGCGAAUCUGUCCUGGGACACUCCCAAACCUCUUGAAAAUAGAAGAACUUGCAAGAUUUAGAGUGAUUACUUUCCUCAAAGUUUAGGAAACUGUAGAGGUUUGUUUUAGAACAUGAGCAUGAAGAAAAGGAAAUGCGUCAUUUUUUUCCCCACUAGAUAUGUAGUGUUAUUUUUGUUUACAAAGAAAAUUAGAAACUAAAAACAGUAAUUAGAUAUUGGAAAGAAACAAAAAACCUAGCCUCUUCUGAGUAAAACUGCUGAAGAGAGAUGAACUGUAUUAUAAAAUAACUCUUGAUUGUAAGGCAUUUUCUUCUUUUCUCAUUUCAUUAAAAUGAGUUUGAAUGGGUUAGCAAAUAUUUUAAAGGGAAAACAUGCUUAUGAUGUGAGAAUGUUGAUUUUCUUGGGUUCGUUGGUGGCAAAGGAGGAAUACAGAAUGAAGGAAUAACUCUUUCUUUGUCCCACAAGUACAGGUAUCCAGUCAGGACUUAGCCUCUCACUUGUAAGUAAGAUGGAUUGGCUAUAAUUUUGUUUAAGGACAAUUUUUUUUUUCUCUUGGAGAAGAAACCCUAUGAAAGGGUGAAAGGUGUCUCCACUAACUUAAUAUCUCUAAAAGUAUCCAGCAAUAUUAUAUUAACAUAAGAAAAGAGUAUAUUUCUGAAGUGAGAUGUUCAUAGCCAAAUUGUAAAUCUUAUUCUUUUGUAAUACUGAGAUUAAUUUAUUUAUAUUUAUUUAUUUCAGUGAAUGCAUUGGUUUUACAUGUAUAGCAAGACAAGUUCAAGAAGAUCUGUAAAGAAAAAUUUAUUUUCCCUAAAUAGAAAUAAAUAAUUGAUCACA